GGGCGGGGCCAGAAGGCGGAAGUGGCGGCGGAACGGCCACAUGAGGAGCGGCGGAACCAUGGCCCGGGCACCGGGACCGGGACAGAGAGCGGCACGGGGACCGCGACAGAAACUGGGAUCGGGACCGAAACAGGGCCGGGGACCGGGACCGAAACAGAGACAGAGACCGGGAUCGGGACCAGGACAGGGACAGAAAGUGGGACCGGGACAGAAAACGGGACCGGGACAGAAAAAGGGACCGAGAUCGGAACAUGGACCGACCGUCCCGCUGCGCAAAAGGAAAGAGAAGAAGGACAACAUGAAGCCCAAGCACCCGGACGAGCAGGAGAUCCCGUUCCGCCUGCGGGAGCUCAUGCGGAGCCGCGAGGCCCUGAAGCGCCCAGACCCCGGCAAGAGGCGGGCGGCAGAGGAGAAGCGGCAGCAGAAGUCCAAGGGCCCCAAGGCCCCGGGGGACGUCCCCGUGCCCAAGUUCCGGAGGGGCCAGGGGGAGUCGGAGCGUUCCUACAUCUGCCGCAUGGAGCAGGAGGUGCAGCGCGUCCUCUUCCUCGCGGAGAACCAGCUCCAGAGGGAGCCUGAGAAGGAGGCGACGGCUCCAGAGAAGUCCCAAAGGAAAAAAGAGUUUCAGAAAAGGAAGCUGGAAAAAGCUCGGAAGAAAAGGGAGGAGAAGAAGGAGGCCAUUCUGGAGAAGAGCCUGUUCCAAGACACGGUGCCAUUCGGAGAUGUGGUGACACAGCCACCCACCAUCACCUCACGGCCCAGGGGACGGGGUCCUGCCGAGCAGGCUGGACGGAAGCAGCUCCUCCUGACGCCUCGCCUGGGCCCGAGCCAGGCGUCCCCUGUGUCCCCAGUGUCCCCCGUGGUGUCCAUGGCCCGCCGGCGCAUCCUGGAGGAGGAGCGGGCGCGCGUCAUCCAGGCCUACAGGGACAUCCAGAGGCGCAAACAGCUGGAGCGGGACCGUGCCCGGGCCGGUCCGGGCUGAGCGCUCCGGGACUCGAGAGGGACAGUGCCCUGCUGCUCUUGGGUCACUGCUGAGCCCUGGCGCUUCCCACAGCGCCACGCUCGGCGCUGGAGCGGGGUCCCUGCGGUGCCACGGACCCUGCUCGGAGUAAAAAGUGCCAGUGGGA